CGAAAAGGCCCUCUUGAUUGUCGUGGGAAGCAGGCCCCCUUGGAAACCCAUUGGCUGUUUGUGAGUCGCUGCUCAGUGAACGGGUUGCUUUUUUUUUGAGUACGGAGCUGAGAGGAGAUGCACACGGCACUCGAGUGAGCUCAACAGUUGGUAUUUCUGAAAGAACUGGAAAAGGCCCUAUCACGUCAGCAUUGGGGGCCAAGGCGGAGCAGUAUUACUACAUUGAAUUGAAGAAGGCGCCCUUGGAUAUGGGGUGUCAUAGCGGGGAGACGAUGCGGGUCCACACUCACACCAAGUUCUGCUUCCUAUGUGUUCUCACCUUCCUGUUCCACCAGUGCAGCCACUGCCACGGUGACAGCCAGCACCAUCACCACGGCCAUCACCAAGGCGACCAUAGCGGCGCUGGUGAACAUGAUGGUCAUGAACACGCCCACAGCGACCUGCAGAUCUCCCAGGCUCCUUACGUGGGCGGAGGAGGGUCUGGUGGGGAAAUGGAUGUGCAGAACAAGGGUCCUGGUGAGGUGCUAGAGCUGGAGCAGCGCUUCUACAUCCACCAACUGUUCCGGCGUUACGGCCAGCGCGGCCAGCUGGACUUCCGUGGCUUCCAGAGCCUGCUGCUCAGCCUGGGUCUGGGGGAGGUGAAGGUGGUGGGCUUGGAGCAUGAGGAGCUGGGCCACGAUCACGUUGCCCACCUGGACCUGCUGGAGGUCCAGGAGGGGCUCCACUCACACUCGCCCACCCACGAAGAGCCAGGGCAUGGCCAUGGGCAUAGACACCAGCAUACACGGGGGAAGCCCCAUGCACACUACCACCCACACACAGAUCCAGGGCCAACUCACUCCCCCUGCAACCAGCUGGCGACUGGUGCCAGUCUCACUGUAGAUGAUGGUCCAUUGGAGGAUCACGACCACAAACAUGACCACGGCCCAGUAAAAGACGGUGACCACACUCAUGAUCAUAAACCAAAUCAUGACCACAAACAAGACAAAGAGCACAAACUCAAAGAGAGCCAACAGCUCAACCAUGAAGACCACAGCAACAAGACUCAGCCUCAUCAUGAUCAUGACCUCAAAUCCCACACACACCCCCAUCACUCACAAAACAACACAGACAGUCCUCAAGCACAUCAAGAGCAGCCGUCCACAGCCCCGGCACAGGCCAGCCAGGAGCAGCAACCAGGGGCCGAGGCUUCAGAGGUCCCCAGUGCCAAGCCCUCUGCCCCACUUACCCUACCUCCAGAAUCCAAGCCCAGGAGGCCAAGGAAACCCAAAGGCCAGUGGGCACGAAACCAAGACCACCAUAACCACAGUCAGGAACAUGACCACGUGCAUGAUCACAGUCUUAGUUCUGCGCCUAGGGGGAAGAGGGCGGCAGGUGAGCCCCACUUGAGCCCCAUGUUACCGGUGCCAGCCCUGCCCAGGCAUCAAGAGGACGUGGUUCAUCAGCAUGAGGAGUGUCUGAAUCUGACCCAGCUCCUCAACUACUAUGGCCUGAGUCCAGACUCCCGCAUCUUGCCCAGCCAGUUCACCUACUUGUGCCCGGCCCUGCUCUACCAGAUUGACAGCCGCGUCUGUAUCCGCCACUAUCACCAGGUGGACUUGGGGCAGGCCGCCCUGGAACCAGCCAACUCCGUGUGGGUCUGGAUGUGGGGCUUUGUCUCCAUCACCAUUAUCAGCCUGCUGUCCCUACUGGGUGUAAUACUGGUGCCCAUCCUCAACCAGGGCUGCUUCAAGUUCCUGCUCACCUUCCUGGUUGCCCUGGCUGUGGGCACGCUCAGCGGAGACGCCCUGCUCCACCUGCUGCCACAUGCUCAAGGGGAGCACGACCACAGCCACGGUGAGUCAGGAAACAAGAGCAACACUAAAGAGGUGGACAUGCUCACUGCCUUUGAUGGGGUCUGGAAGGGCCUGACAGCGCUGGCUGGAAUCUACUUCCUCUUCAUCAUUGAGCACUGCCUCGGCAUGUUCAAACACUACAAAGACGCAGGGGGAACCUUCUGUCGUAGGAAGAAGAGGGGUGAGGAGGCCAAGAUUGGCAGGAAGCUGUCCGAUCACAAGUUGAAUCGACGCUCGGACGCAGAGUGGCUUCACCUCAAGCCUCUCACAGAGGGUCUGGACAGCACGGCCAUCUCCUGCGACAACGGCCACAAUGACACCCAGCUUACAGAGCUGCAGCCACCUGACUCGCCCAGCAACAAGACGCCACUGGCCCCUGCAGACUUGCUUACCAAGGAGAAUGGCCGUCGGCCCAAGAAACACGGGCACAACCACGGUGGGCAUUCUCACGGAGGUGGGCAUGGGCACUCACAUGGCGGGAACUGCCACUCGGACCAGGAGAUGAAGGACGCGGGCAUCGCCAGCAUCGCCUGGAUGGUCAUCAUGGGUGAUGGCAUGCACAACUUCAGCGACGGCCUGGCCAUAGGUGCUGCCUUCAGUGCAAAUAUUACCGGUGGCAUCAGUACAUCUGUUGCAGUGUUCUGCCAUGAAUUGCCUCACGAACUGGGUGACUUUGCGGUGCUUCUGAAGGCUGGCAUGUCGGUGAAACAGGCCAUUGUGUAUAACCUACUCUCUGCCCUCAUGGCCUACGUGGGCAUGAUGAUCGGCACAGCCGUGGGCCAGUACACACACAACGUCACCAGCUGGAUCUUCGCAGUCACCGCUGGCAUGUUCCUCUAUGUGGCUCUGGUGGACAUGUUACCAGAGAUGCUCCAUGGCGACAGCGAGGAACACAAGCGCUGUCAGCUGGGCCACUUUGUCCUGCAGAACCUUGGCCUGCUCACCGGUUUCUCCAUCAUGCUGCUCAUUGCCAUCUUCGAAGACCAGAUAGUUUUUGACUUUGGCUUCUAGCGGUGGAGGGUGGGGCCGGUUGGUACUAGGGAAGGCAAAUGUGAGGUUGUGUCGGUACUUGUGCUGUUUGGCCUUUAAAUAGUGCUUUGUUUGUUCUGUGGUGGUCCAGUGUCCUGCAUGCAUAGUGAUUGAGCUCUCAUUCAUGCUCCUUGUGCCUCUCCAUUCUGUAGCUCAAAGCAGUGGCUUAUACAUAUCCCCCCCCAUUCUGUUGCCUUUCUCUGUUCCAUUGAGUUAUUCCUUUCAGCUCCUAGGUUCUAUCCUAUGCUCCUUCCCAUGUAGCUUAGAUGCUGUAUCGAAGGUACACCUCAAGGUUACACUCUCACCAACAAACACCUCUUUAGUUGAUAUUGAUAAGGCCACAUUCCUUUCGGAGACUAGCUUAUGCAAGUAACACUUUGAUCAAAAGGAAUGUCACAUUCCAAUUGGUCUAAAUACAUUUGUCGACAAUAUAAGUUCACAUAUCGGCGGCUCGCCUCAGUAUCAGCAGGUGUGCUCCACUACCUUUGAGCUUCUCUCUCAGAUAGUGGACAGAGUUCCUCACCCGACUGUGUAAGAUGGAUAACCUCCUAACCUGGAGAUUUCUCCAGACUGCUUCCCACCGGUGCAGGGCCCUCUCCUACAGAGAGGAAGCUGUCAUGGCCCAGCAGCCCUCUGCUCAUCCAUCAUAACCCUGUGCAGUGUGUAGUCUUAUGUCGUUCCCACUCCCUUUAUCUGUUAUCAACCCUGUGGCUUGUCCCAUUAUCCAUGCCUAGUGCACCUGUGGUGCCUUCCCCUUGGCCCCCCCCCAUCCAUCGUAAACUUGUGAAAUCUGUCCCGCUGUGUAUCAACAUUUAUUGUCUAAAGCCGUGGCUGUGCCAAGUCCAUUGUGGUGGCUUUGCCAAUGAACAUACUGUAAUAGAGUAGCUAGGAGCUAGCUCGUCCGUAGACUCGGAAAUGUUAAAGGAAAGUGGUGCUGAAGCCCAAAUUUGUCCCCAGGCAUUGCAUGAGUCAACAGGUCUGUAUUGAAGGUCUUCGCCCUGUUGCUCUGCAAAAUAAUUGAACCACAGCUUAGCUAUGCAUUUUGCCAAAAAAUGUGAACGCUACUACCCCAACCUUAAAAGAGCGAUUGAGUGUCUAAUUAUAAUGUCUCGGUGUUCAUUUGCAGCAGUCUCCAUAUUUAUAUAUUUUUUGGUCUUGUUUUUAUGGCUAAUUUGAGAAGCAUUGUGGGUAUUGAAGGUUUCAUUUCAUGUUAAAUGUAGACUCGGUGACGCACAAAGUAAACAGAAUAUUAACUCAAUUUCCACAUCAACUAAGAGUGUUAAAGCACGGGGCCUUAAGUUCUCCACUGUUUUGGUCCUGUAGCUACCACGCUAUAGCGGUGUAAAUUGCACCCGAGCACAUGAUCAGAUACUGUGUGACUAUUGGAGAGCAGUCUUGCAUCGCGCUCGUCUCAAUAUCUGCGGUACUGAUUCAUAGCGCUGAGUCGAUCUCUAAAAUGAUAUGGGAGAAAAAAAGUUGGAUUACCUAGAUGUAUAUUAAGAACCAAGAAAUAUUGCCCAACUGCAUUUGGAGGACUGAGUCUGUAAACAAACAUUUGACAUUUUACAAAAUGAAACUUGCAUGCCCUAAAUCCUAUGUGAAUUUAAGUUAGUAUUUUCUUGUGUCGAAGAAACAGUGUUACUUUGCGUUUACUCCAUUAUUGACGGCACUAGCUUGUUUUUGUAGCCAAAUACAUGACCCAUGCAUUGUGUUGUGGUAUUUUCUUAUUUUUAAAUGGGUUACUGUAAGUCUUGAUUACCCCAUCGCAAUCGGGCAAAGUCAGAAGUCAAUUAGAUUGAGAGCGUAUAGUAUAUUAACUUUGUGCUUAUUACAUGGGGGUUACACUAGUUACCUUACCCAUGUUAAGACCGUUUUCAGCAUCAUAAGCACAGGAACAGUGUAAAUCUAAAGAGUGUCACUUGUAUUGUUAAACCCUGAGAUGUUUGAAUACUGUGUUGCGUAUCAUUCCUCCCAAACCAGUUUAAGAAAGUACUUGUAUCAAAUAAUACAUUUUCCUGUGUCAUUUUGAAAUUGUUCUUUGACAAUCUGGAAAAGAACAAGCAUGUCAAUGGCCUUUAUCACUGCUAAAAAUAUGCUUUGUCUAUAUAUUUGAAUAUGUUCAAAUUAGCACACUUUGCACUUGUGUAAUUGAUAUUCGACUUGUAAUCAAACCGUAUAACUAGAAGGUUAUCAGAUGUUCCUUAGUUUUUUUUAAUCAAUCAUUAGUUGUAUAUUUUUGGUUAAAUGGGUGUAUGAGACACCACGCCGACUGUGCCAAAAGUGGCCCAUUUGGGUUUUCUUUACCAUAAUUCUGUGCUUGCCGUCGCCUCCUGACAUUCCAUUGGCUGUCUGCUGCUCGAGUGCUAAGCUAGCCAGCCUGGCAGCUUCACCUGCUGGAUCACAUUGAAAUGUGCAACCUCCAUUUAUCCUGUCACUGUGUGACAUCCAUCGUCUUGUCUUAUUGGCUGUGAAUCAUCGUCAAUCACAUUAAACUAAUGUACUUGAUUGGAUUGAAUCAUGCAUGAGGCAUGAGUGCAAUGGAACAGGAAAAUGUUUUGGAUGUAAUUGUUUCUCUGCUUUUGUAUAGAAAAAUGUAAAUUAAAAAGACUAGUCAAAUGUUGUUUUUUUAAACCGAUCAACUGUAGCGAUGAGGAAUUAUUUGGGGCCUGCUGAGCCUAUUGGUAGAGCUUUCAUGUUUUAGAACAUUAAUGUUAAUUUGUUUUUCAUAGUUUUUCAACAUGAGAAAACAAAUAGAAAUAUGGGCUGAAUAGGAGCCUGCAAUGUCGCUAUAUUCUUUUAACAAUACAUUUUUCAUGCAAUGGAGAAGGUUACAAGUGUCUAGCCACAAUUUAGAUUACCAUGCCCCAAAGAAUAUCAGAAUCUCUUUACUGGACUAGGAGCAGCAAAUACAAAAUAAUAUGAAGGUCCAUGAUUGUUUGGUUUUUAAUUUGAUACAUUGUUUACAAACCUGGAUAUCUAAAUGUAGGCAUUGCAUUUAUCAUCCUCGCUGAUUGUCUGUGCAUUCUCUGUCUGGAAAGGAAAAUAAAGUUUGCAAAGAGCC